AAUGCGAGAAACGUUUGAUGUUGCACGUUGAUGGGCUGCUGCCUGCAUUUUGGCCUACGUGACUCAGAGGCAGUUAUCAAUGGCGCAACAACAGCUGCUUCAAAAGUUCAGUGACCAACAUAUAUUUUAGUGCAACAGCAACCCCCGAGCAGCAAACAGUAUUCAAAAAUGUUAACUGAUUUUCGUUAAACGCAGCAUUCGUUAGACAAGUGUCUCCUAAUCAACACACGUGUUCCCAUUAAAUAAUCAGCAACAGUUUAACAAAUACAAAUACAAAUACACAAAAUACUGUAGAAUAACAAAGUGAACGUCUAGGAAAUUGAUUUGUGAUUUGAAAAGUGCACAGAAAACCUUGACGAGUAAUUCUAAAGUGAAGCUACCGACAGCCCUCAAAAUGUUGGACAUUGUCCAACCCAGCGAACAGCUCGACAGCAGCAACAACAACAAUGAAGUGGUUGUUAUUCGUGCCAAGCCCAAGAAGGUGUUCAAGCCCAAGGCGCGCAUCAAUCGCAUACCCCAGGAGCUUCUCGAUGAUCCGCUCCUGCAACGCGCCAUCGAUCGCCUGCCCUCGAACUACAACUUUGAACUACACAAGACCAUUUGGCGCAUCCGCGAGACGAAGGCAAAACGUGUGGCGCUGCAGCUGCCAGAGGGUCUGUUGAUGUACGCCAUGGUUAUCAGUGAUAUUAUUGAACGCUUCACUAGCGCCGACACCGUCAUCAUGGGCGAUGUCACAUAUGGAGCCUGCUGUGUGGAUGAUUACACAGCACAAGCUUUGGGCGCCGAACUGUUGGUGCAUUAUGGCCACAGUUGUCUCAUUCCCGUUGAUCAGACGUGUGGCAUUAAGGUGCUCUACAUAUUUGUGGACAUCAAAAUUGAUCCAUUGCAUUUCCUGGACUCUGUUAAGCUGAACUUUAAGCCCGAUGUCGGACAAAUUGCCCUGGUCAGCACGAUACAGUUUGUCACAACACUUCAGGCAGCUUCCGCCGAGUUAAAAGCAGCCGGUUAUGACGUGCUGGUGCCACAGGCCAAACCUCUCAGCCCAGGAGAAAUAUUGGGUUGCACAUCACCACAGCUGCCGGAGACAACACAAAUGAUUAUCUACCUGGGUGACGGACGCUUCCACUUGGAGUCUGCCAUGAUUGCCAACCCGCUGCUAAAGGCUUACAAAUACGAUCCGUAUGAGAAGAAGUUCACCGUAGAGCAUUACGAUCACGGCGCCAUGCAGGGACUGCGACAUUCGGCCGUGAAGCAAGCCAAGCAGGCCAAACGCAUUGCUAUCAUACUGGGCACUCUGGGCAGGCAGGGCAGUUCGCGUGUACAUCGCUUCUUGGAGAAGCGACUGCACGCCAAGGGCAUUGAGACGACCACCAUACUGCUGUCGGAGAUCUUUCCGCAGAAACUCGCGCUGUUCGCUGACAUUGAUGCAUUUGUGCAGAUUGCCUGCCCGCGUCUGUCCAUCGACUGGGGAUCAGCUUUUGAGAAGCCAUUGCUGAAUCCCUAUGAAUUGUCCGUGGUCCUCGGUGACAUUGAAUGGACACCUGACAACGCAUCGCCUCGCAAUAACGCAUAUCCCAUGGACUUCUACGCUAGCGGUAGUCUGGGCCCUUGGACGCCCAACUUUAAGCCACCAGCGCUCGGCGAGUGCGAGAAUCGCCCAUCUGCCGACUGCUGUGGCCGCUGCACACGUGCCGAGCUAGAGAAGGAUGAUACUGGCAAGGCGGCGGCAUUGGCAGACCUAUUGGAUUUCAAAAAGGGAUAAGGAUCGAAAGGGAAACAGAUGACACGUCGUGUUCCUACAACCAUAACUCUCAAGCGCGACUUACUGUUGAACUAACUAAGAAGUGAUUUAGUUUAUGUGCCCGCCCAGCCCAAAUGUAAUUUAUCUACUAAUUUAAGUUAGUACAAAUUUGAUUUCUAAGCUAGUAUCUCUAUAAUUUAGUUAACAAACAUUUGUGUUCAUCUCAUUUCCAAUUAUUUUACAAUUUCAAUAUGCACAACGAACGAGAUAACUAUAACUACAACACCCUAAAAGUAAGAUAUACAUUAAAUUGUUAAGGGUUUAAUUGCAUUCACGAAUGCAAUGCAAUUGUUUAAUAAACACUAAAUUGUAAAAGUCAAUAUAAAUUGCUCAAUGUAAAAUAUUUUCCCUUUACUUCCUCACAGACAUCAAACACUUUUCGAGUUGCCUCAUAAAUAGUUUAAGAGUUUAUUUCAAACAUAAAAAUGUACGCACAAAUACGAUCACGUAUAAGGUCAUAUAGUUUAAAGCAAAACUAAGUGCAUUCUGCGCACGAUAUUAUUAUGUUUUGCUUGGGUAUAUAAAUCAGAUUUGUAAGACUUUACAUACAUAGAUGUUUAACUGAUCUCAGGACUUGAGAAAGUCCCUUUAAGCAUUAGAUUGAAAACGUCUACAUAUGGAAAACAUAGUCGUAAUAUCUUCGUAGUUGUUUACCCGCUUAACUUUUACAGAAUCUUAACAUUACACGUAUGUAUAUGUAUAUAUAUAUACUAUAUAUAUUUAUUUGAUUAAUUUAGGCUUGGAUCCGUAUGCACUUAAUGUUAAUAUUGGGACACGUAUUUGUAUUUGAUUCUGAUAUAGUACAUACAUUGAUUUUAUUUAUUCUGUAUUUCAGAUUUGUUAUGUUUUAUUUUGUUUAUAUUUAUGUAUUAGGUAGGUGUAUUCGUUUCUAGCUUUGCUUCCUGCAACAUCACAUGAUUUCUGUAUCAUAAUUACUUUAAAGGUUUCUUUUUUGUGGAGAUUGUAAAUAGAGCUUCAGUUUCUUUUUAGUUUUUGGUAACAUUCUGGGCAAAUUAGUAACUGGUAAUCGGUAAUUGGUAACUGGGUAACUUAUCUUCGAAUGUAGCACCAAAAGCAGCUGAUCAUAAAAUAACUACACUUAAGUCCUAAAAAGAUACGUUUAAAAUUCAUAAUUCUUAUAUAGAACAAAUAGAAUUCUCUUGAACGAUUCUCGAAAAUAGUAAAAUUAGUUUUUAUUGAUUUUGUUUACCUUGUCUUUGUUUUUGUUGUUGUUCUUGUUUAUUAUUCUCUGUUGUGGCAGUUCGUUUUGCAUAUCUCAAAAAUACAUCUGGGGACAAAUGAUCUGGAAUCACAACCAAUGUGAUGUACGAUACUCGCUUCAAUUCGAAAUUCAACGUGAUAAUUUGAAUAUCCGGUUCAAUAAAACAAGAGGCUCGAAAACAAGUCAAGAGUAUACAUAUAGCGUCUACACACAGAUUUAAAAAUCUAAUCAAGCCAUUCGGCGGAUCUGAAUCCUAACAAUAAACUAUGCGAACUCAGCGUAACAGUUGAGCUCCCUUAAGAGUUAAAUAAAAUAAUGUAAGUAGUGUCGUUAAAACUUUAUCACUUUGCUUUCUGCUCAACCAAAGAACUCCACUCAUCACUCCCUCCUCCCGCUCUGUCUCUUUGCUUUAAAACUUUAACAUACACAAUAAAAUUCUCAUAUUUCCCUCGCCUCCCUCGC